AUGGCCACUACCGACUCUCCCAACGGCUCCGGGGGCUAUAUGCGCGCCGCCGUCCGACUACCGAGGGCGAAGCGACCUCUCGUACAGAUGGUCGAGAAACCAGCAGUACUCCCAAAGACCGUUUUGCUCGAAGUGGCAGCGGCUGGGGUAUGCGAGAGCGACAGUCGCCUCUCAAUCAAGGACGGCCGGGACUCAUUCGUGAUGGGACACGAGAUCGUUGGCUAUGCCAGGGAAAUCGGAGAGAGCGUUACGGGCAUCGAGUUGGGCGCACUCUACGCUGUAUGGGAGAUGGUACCCUGCUCGAAGGCCGUCGGCGCAAGCCCCUUGUUUCUCAGGCACGGCCUCGGCGUGGACGGCGGCUUUGCGCCGUUCGUGCUCGUCGAUACGAAGCGCGCCACUCUCGUGCGUGUGCCUGACUCCCUGGUCAACAAGCCCGAGCUGGCGGCCUUGGCAGUGGACUCGACAGCCCUCGUGUACCAUGCGGUCAUUAAUGUCGCUAAACUACAGCCAUUCAAGGGCAAGGGUAAGUCAAACAGCUCCGAGGGAGAAGCCCCGCGUGUGCUAGUAUGUGGCGUUGGGGGCCUCGGUCACCAGGCGCUGUGGCUCGCCAAGGCGUAUGGGGCCACGAUUUUCGCGUGCGACCAAUAUCCCCCGGCGCGACAGUUGGCGAAGAACAUCGGCGCGGAGCGUGUCUUCACUUUCGAAGAGCUCAAACACGCGGCUCAAAACGAGAAAGAGAAAUUCACCGUGGACCUCGUCGUUGACUUUGUAGGCAGCGAGGCCUCUGUCAAAGCCACGAAACUUGCCUUGCAGCCGGCAACCGCGGACAAUAACAGAGGGACUCUCGUUAUAGUCCGACCUCGAGCGGCGCUUAGCGGAUCCGUUUAUGAUGAUCUGAAUCGGAAGUACGCAACUCACACUGUGCUUGAAUGUCUGGCGGUGGACGGCUUAACGCACGCAUUUAGACUUCUCGCGGAAGGUGCGAUCGAACCUACGCUGCAGCGUGUAGCACUCGAGGAUAUUAGUGGUAUUCUCGACGAACUUGAAGAAGGUACAUUGCUCGGGCAUCGAGUUGUGACCAAUUUCGAGGCUCCAGAGGCGGGCCCUCCUUCCGGAGAACCCCAGUGGCUAGUGCAUCCUCUGGAAUAGCGGAUCAGUCGUGACACAGGGCAAGGCUAGAUGGCGCGUCUCCCGAGGUGACCAUGCAGUAUAUACGAGUGGACUUGGAAUAUCACCCAAGGAGCAACAAUGGGAUCAGGUGGACUUUACUGAAUGUUCUGUGCUGACUUGGUCAGAGAGCUGUAUCGUGACUUGAGAGUUAUCU